GGAAGAUGUCGCUGCAAUCGAUUUGCAAGGCGAAGAAGCAAAAUCGUAAACAUGGCGCUUACCGGAAUGACAAGCCAAAUGUCCAUGGUUCCCAAAUUUCAGCAUAAUUUCAUCGGUCCUGACUGGCUCCAUGCCGAGCACAGCACAGGCACGUCAAUUAUGGCUGUCGAGUACGACGGCGGCGUCAUCAUCGGUGCCGACUCGCGCACAACCACUGGUGCCUACAUUGCUAAUCGAGUGACUGACAAGCUGACCCGCAUUUCGGACUCGAUCUACUGCUGCCGUUCAGGGUCCGCUGCUGACACACAGGCCAUUGCCGACAUUGUCGCCUACCACCUUGAAUUCCUCUCGCUGGAGCAGGGAGAGCCUCCCCUUGUUGAGACAGCUGCCAAUAUCUUCCGUCAGCUCUGUUACGACUACCGCGAUCAGUUGACUGCUGGAAUUAUUGUUGCUGGCUGGGACAGCAGGAAGGGUGGACAGGUCUACUGUGUCCCCAUUGGUGGUAUGUUGGUGAGGCAGCCCAUAUCUGUUGGAGGCUCUGGCAGCACUUAUGUCUAUGGCUAUGUUGAUGCUAACUACAAGGACAAUAUGACUCGGGAUGAGUGCAAGAAAUUUGUGUCCAACACUCUUGCUUUGGCUAUGAUGAGAGACGGCUCAAGUGGUGGUGUGAUUCGCCUUGGAGCCAUUGACCAGACUGGAAUUGAAAGGUUCGUCAUCACUGGAAAAGACAUCCCUAAAUUCUACGAAGGCUGAUCUUAAAGUCUUUAAUUUCCCUUUCCCUAAAAGUGUACGUUUGUAUUCAGUUAUCAUUAAAAUUAUCCAGGAAAAACUUCGA